AGCCAUCCUGGACAAGCUUGACAUUGACUCGGAGAAGCCCAAUGAGGAAGAGAUUGCGCGCCUUUUUGGCUACGAAGAGGCAUAUUUGGCGGGAAGACUCAAUUGGUGGCAGAAGCUAAAACCGCGGGUCUGGUCGUUGUUUGACGAGCCUUACUCAUCCCUUGGAGCAAAGGUGGUGGCGGUAGUCUCGGUGUUCUUCAUCUGCGUGUCCGUCUUGUCCUUCGCCCUCAAAACUCACCCUGACAUGCGGGUUCCUACUAUCCGCAACCGCACCAUAGCCAUGCCUAACCACACCAUCGUCUGGACCCUGGAGAAGGAGCGCACAGAUCCCCACGACGCCUUCUUCUAUGUCGAACUUGCCUGCAACGCAUGGUUCACGUUCGAACUUGCCGUCCGCUCUGUGGUGAGCCCCAACCUUGUGCAGUUCAUCAAGUCGCCAGUGAACGUUAUAGACUUUGUCGCCACGUUAAGUUUUUACACCGACAUCCUCCUACAGAGCAGCGUCGCUCAUCACAUAGACAAGUCGGACAUUCUAGAGUUCUUCUCCAUCAUCAGGAUACUGAGGCUGUUCAAGCUGACCCGUCACUCGCCCGGGCUCAAGAUCCUCAUCCACACCUUCAAGGCCUCCGCUAAAGAGUUGACCCUUCUUGUGUUCUUCUUGGUCUUGGGUAUCGUGGUGUUCGCCUCCUUAGUGUACUAUGCGGAGAAACUCCAGGCCAACCCACACAACGACUUCAAGAGCAUCCCAGAGGGCCUGUGGUGGGCGAUCGUCACCAUGACGACGGUGGGCUACGGUGACAUGGCUCCUAAGACAUACGUGGGUAUGUUUGUGGGAGCUCUGUGUGCACUGGCGGGAGUCUUAACCAUCGCCCUCCCUGUCCCCGUCAUAGUAUCCAACUUCUCUAUGUUCUACUCCCACACACAGGCAAGGUCAAAGCUGCCUAAGAGGAGGCGGAGGGUGUUGCCGGUCGAGCAGCCGAGGCCCAAGAGGGGCGAGUGCCCAGCGGCGACCACAGCGGGGGUGAUCAACCGUAGAAUGAACGCCAUCAAGCAUCCCAACCAACCUGCUAGCAUCUUCAAGGACGCCUUCACAACACUGGCCCAGCCCAGCAAACUAGGUACUGUGAACGGGGUGAACAUGAUAGGUUUGGCUCUUCAAGGACCUUCAAUACCAGGAAUCGCACUCCCUCCACCAGGCCUGGAUACACCCUUCGUGUCUAGGGAGCUCGAUGUGACGUCACCACCCAGUCUAGCUCUGGUACCCAGCAGAAAUGUAGUCGCGCCAGCCCCGCUACAGCCUCGUGCCGCCACCAUAGGCAAUAUAAACCUUCUUCUGCCUCUACAGCCCCGACUACUGGCAGAGGACUUGAGAGCGAGGACAGUGCUGCAGUCGAAUGUACAACCCUCCCAACUAGAGUCCGUCAAUCCUUCUUCCAACUGAACUGUCGCCAGAGGUGCUACCUGCUAC